AUGGAUUUGAGGAUGGACAAGGAAGAUCAAGACAGAGAACUUGUUGCAUUCUACAAACAAAACGGCAUAGAAUGGGCAAGCCCUGUGAAGUGCAGACUCCAAGGGGAUGCUGCCAUUGGUGAGGGAGUAACCAGACAUUUCUUGUCUACUGUUAUACAGAGGCUUCAGCAUGGAUUUAAUUUUAACAUGGGAAAUACUGCAAGGACCUGUCGCUUUGACGGUGAACCAGGUCAUCUUGUUCCAUCAUCAUCACAAUUUCUCGUAGAGAGUGAUCUGUUCCUUGUUGCAGGACGAAUGAUUGGACAUUCUUUCCUACAUGGUGGACCUCGGCUGGCUGGAGUCAGCCAAGCAAUAGUCCAUGUACUACUAGGAGGUUCACCUGAGACUGCUACAGUGCAAAUAGAAGACUGUCCUGACCAUGAUAUUCGUGAAACCAUAAAACUGCUUGAUGGAGAGGCUGAACUCACUAGCAGUGAAUAUCAAGCUGUCCUUGACCUGAGUCUUGCGUGGGAUCUUCCUGGCCCAACCAAAGAAAACCGGAAGUGGCUUUUUGAGCGCCUUUUAUCAUAUGCGGUCAUUGGAAGGAGAUUACGGCAGGUGAAACAAAUACGUAAAGGACUCAAAGAAACCAGUGUAUGUGUCUAG